AUGCCCGAACAGACUUAUAAAACAAUGGUAGAUUUUCUAUGUGGAAGAAUAGACAACGUUCCACGUAAAGAAAAUUGCGAAGAAAAAAAUUCCAAGCUCGGCAUGGUCAUAUGGUGUUCUCAAUUUUUGGAUAGCUUCGGUCUAGAUGUAUUUUACGGUAUUAUAGUAACGAGACCAAGUAUAACAGAUGAAGUUACCGACAAAAACAUACAACAGCUUUUUACGUUUGUGAAAAACGGUGCUUAUGAAGCUGCUAAACUUCAUACUGCUAUUUAUCGAAGAAUAACACCAACCAACCAAUGCUUGUCAUUUUUUGGCGCAGAAUACGAAUGUAUAAUAAAAAACUUCGUUGCGCCAUUCAUGGAACAUAUUGUGGAGUCAGCUUGCAACAGUCCGCAUUGUAGCAUGAAACAAUCGAGAGCCUGCUUCAACACAUUUCCUUCGGCAACGGUGAAAAGUUCAUUUGUCCAUGAUGUCCAAAAGUGGUUUCUUGAAGCAACAACGUCAGUUUGUGGAAAGAAAGUAAAUCAGAACAUAUCUGACGAGUUUUCUUUCGUCGACGAAAACAUAACAACAGGGAUAAAGAACAGAUAUUGUAAUGGAAACAGAAAAUACAAGGCCCGAUUUUUUAAAAAGCUUCCUCAACUAUUAGUUGUUGAUGUUGCAGGCGAUAUUGACCCAAUAGACAUGGCUACCAUUCCCGAACAAUUACACAUUCGGUUUUCCACAAAUCAAGGAAAUAGGUAUUAUCGAGGCCAAAAAAUAUCUUAAGUUCGGUUUGGAUGUUUUUUAACUUUGAAAGAGGCCUUCUGAACAUUUAUAGAAUGAGACCUAUAUUGAUAUAUCCUUUAACCACGUAAUU